AUGAACGUCCCUGUCAAAUGUGAUCCACGUGAAGUACUCUUCGUCCAUUCUUCCUUAGCAAUCUACCAUAUCUUGUGUUCAGUAUUAAUGGUGGCAAUUUUUAUAGCAACUAAAAGACUUGUGGAGAGCUUUCGACGUUCUUAUUCUAAACUGACGGUGGUAGUUAUAGGCGGUGGCCCUGUAGGAUUAACUGCCGUUCUUGUAGCGGCGUUAUCUAAAAAGGUGUCUAAUAUCAUACUUUUUGAAGAAAUGUUUAGAAAUAAUUUGUGCAAUAAACCCAGUCAAAUAGCAUUCAACCCUAAAACAGUGAAGUUUCUACGGACGUUGGAUAUAGAUUUUGAUAAUUUAGAAGGUUGUUGGAGUAAUGACUAUUUUUACACUAGAAGCGGUGUUUAUACAGAUUAUCUAUUGUGUGUUUUGUAUAAAUUUAACAAAAAAGUUGAUCUUAAACUAGGAACAAAGUUUACCAGAGACACGAUAAAGGAAGUUGAUAAAGUGGUAGGCCGGAAGUUAGUCAUUGCCUGUGAUGGAUCCAACGGAAAUGGUGCAAGGAUUAUGGGUCUUAAUGAUGAAUUUCUUCAACAUUCCUUAAAUGCGUACGGCGCUGUUGCUGGAGUGGAUCGCCUCGUCCAUGGUGCCGUCCCAGUUCCAGAAACGUCAGUCCAGAACAUUCUGUUUGAUUUAGGAGCGUAUGGAAUUCUGGUAGAUGAGCGACAGGAACCUCAGGGAUUUACUGUCAAACUAUUUGGUAAUCUUCGUCAUCGAUAUAUGAAUAUAGCCAUCCCCAAAUGUGAAUCAACUCUACUGAAAUCAAUGAGAUUAGUUUUAGAUAGAUCAAUUCCCCAUACAGAUGUCGUAUCUAAUUUAGAAUUGUUAUUUACCAUUAUUAUGAGGAAUAUCUUCAUUAAAUGUUUUAAUACGUACAAGUCAGAAGUAGAAUCAUCUAUAUCAGAAUCCACAGCAUUAAAAACAUUAAAAUUUAGUCCCAGAUUAUUUGAAAUAAAACUGUCACAACGACUGGAAACGGUAGUGUAUUUUAAAGAGACUGACACUUUUCUCAUUGCUGAAGGAGAAGCCGCCAGAUGCACCAAUUUCCAUACCGGUAAAGACAUUAACUUAGCUAUGGACGGAUUACCAAUUCUAAAUAGAUUUAUUACUAUGAUCACUUGGGCAUCUUCAGAACAUUCUAUAAUGGAGGCCAUGCUCUUUAAAUCAAGAUCAGCUGAACGAAUAUGUAAAUCCUUUCUUAAGAAUGGCUUAAGGGACACCGUGUUUAGUCCGUCUUGA